AUGAAAAUUGUCAUAAAUAAAAAGAUCGCCAUAUGGGCGUCCCUUGCCGCCUUGGUUGUAUUGGCGGUGGUAUUAGGUCUGGUAUUUGGCCUAAAGGGUAGUAAUGAUGCACUUAUCGUUGGUGCCGUUGUAUCCAAUGGCAGAGGAUGUGCCGAAAUUGGAAGCCAAAUGUUAACCGAUGGUGGUACCGCGGUGGAUGCAGCCAUUGCCACUCUACUCUGUGAAGGUGUCAUUUUAACGCAUAGCAUGGGUAUUGGCGGUGGUUUUGUUGCUACAAUUUAUAAGAAAUCUGAACGUAAAAUCGAAACAUUGAUUGCUCGUGAAUCUGCACCGGCUGCAGCCACUAAAGAUAUGUUUGUUGGACAAUCGGCGGUAACAGGUGCCCUGGCUGGUGCAGUACCCGGAGAAAUUCUUGGCUAUUGGGAAAUGCAUCAGAAAUAUGGCCGCCUACCCUGGAGUGUACUCUUUCAACCCACCAUAAAAUUGUGUCGUGAGGGGCAUUGGGUAUCGAAAUAUUUGGCAUCUGCUCUUGCCUCUAAGGAAAAACAAAUUCGUGACGAACCUUCGAUGGCGGAAAUUUUCGUUAAAGAAGAUGGUAGCCUAUACAAGGAGGGUGAUUAUUUAAAGCGAUUAGCAUUGGCCGAUACCUUGGAGAGAAUUGCUAAAAAUGGUGCUGGGGAAAUGUAUGAUGGUGGUGAGACUGGACGUAUGUUUGUUGAGGAUAUACAGGCUAUGGGUGGUAUUAUUACCUUGGAUGAUCUCAAGAAUUACAAGGUCAAAUGGGAGAAUACCCAUCAUGUGGUGGCCAAUGUCACGGGUGGCUAUAAACUCUAUACCACACCCCUACCCUCCAGCGGUGCCUUGUUGGCCUUCAUUUUGAAUGUGAUGAGUGAUUUGUAUACCGAAGAUCGCCCCAUUUACUGGCAACGUGUUAUGGAAACUUUCAAGCAUGCCUAUGGCCAUCGCAGCAAUUUGGGUGACAUGGAAAACGACCCGGAAAUGCACGAUAUUAUCCAGGAAACAUUUGAGAAAAUGAUUAGUCAAGAUUUUGCUGACGAGAUUCGAAAAUUGAUAUUCGACGAUAAGACUUUCAAUGAUACUGAAUAUUAUGGUGCCAAUUUCACCGUGGAGGAGGAUCAUGGUACUGCCAAUAUGGCUGUGUUGGCGGCAAAUGGUGAUGCCAUUACUGUUACCAGUACUGUUAAUAAUUAUUUUGGUUCCAAAGUACGUUCGACACGUACUGGUAUUAUUUUGAACGAUGAAAUGGAUGAUUUUUCGACACCCGGCCUUAUUAAUUCCUUUGGUGUACCCGCAUCACCUGCGAAUUACAUUAAACCUGGCAAGAGGCCAAUGUCCUCAAUGUGCCCCGCUAUUAUACUCGAUCAAGAUGGAAAUGUAAAGAUGUUGGUUGGUGCUGCCGGCGGUACCAAAAUUACAACUUCGGUGGCAGCGACAAUUAUCAAAUAUUUAAUAUUCAACGAAACAAUGGAACAAGCCGUUAACGAUGGCCGUUUACACCAUCAAUUGGCUCCGAUGCGAAUUGACGCCGAAUCUGAAGUCCCCAUUGAGAUUCGUAAUUAUUUAACUAAGGUGGGACAUGCCAUGCAAGUGUCACCCGAGGGCAGUGGUUUUGCUGCCCUAACAGCCAUUGGUGUACGGACUGGAGUGCCAGAACCCUAUUUCGAUCGUCGUCGUGUUGGCAGCACAGCCACCAUACAGGCUAGCAACAAAAUGCAACAUUAA